AUGCUCGUUCGCAGUAUCCUCGCCGUCCUCGGCGCGACCGCCUUGGCCGCCGCCGCGAGCCCUAAGGCUCCGGCCGUCACACCCUUCCUCACCACCUCCGGCAGCGGCGUCCCGACGACCCUUGUCCCCGUCCCGCUACCAGCCACAAUAUCCUCAACGGCGGCGCUAGCACUAUCCAAAAACUUGACGUACUCGACGGCGGCUCCAGCACUGCCCCAAAACUCGGCGUCCUCGGCACUUAACAAGACAGUCACCUCCACGAUCGCCGCCACGAGGACCGUCACUCUGCGGCCGGUCAAGACCACGUCGUACCAGGCCUGCGGCGGCUUCCGCGCGACGCCGACGCCGUGCCCGGCCAGCUUCGAGUGCAUCAAGAACCCGUUCGAUGGCGGGUGCGGGCCGGCGUGCGACGGACCGGGCAUCUGCGUGGUGCCGAUCAAGUGCGGCGGGUUCCCGGGUACCAAGUGCCCGGAUGGCAAGAUUUGCGUGGACGACCCGAGAGACGAUUGCAUUCCGGGAAAGGGCGGCGCCGACUGCAUUGGACUUUGUCUUUAG